CAGAUAAGAAGAAACAAUCCGUCUUUAUCUAAUAUUUUCAUAGAUUAUAAAUUAAAAUGAGAUUGCAAAUGUGUUGUAUACUGUCUAAUUGCACACUUCAUUAGGUGAUAGCUGUUAAACCAGUUCUGGACUUAAAAAAAGAAAACAUGAUUAGCUGUGUGCGGGUGUGAUGGAGUCGUCGGGCCCGAGCACAGCCGCUCCAGAGUUUGAUGUGUACGGAGCCAUGGACUGGAAGGACGGAGUGGGAACACUGCCUGGCAGCGAGCUCAAGUUCCGCGUGAAUGAGUUUGGGGUCCUGGAGGUCAUAACGGACGAGAUGGAGGAGGAGAGGGGCAAGAAAGCUCACGCCACCACCACAUGGAGCGUCCCCACGGCUCAAGAGGCUCUGUCUGAGCGGCCCGUCUCGAAGGAGGAGACGUCAUGGGCCCAGCGCGGCCUGGUGUGUGUGCGCUGUAACAGGAAGGGCUCCGUGGUGGACUUCCUGUCUAAUGGACUUCACUGCAGUGAGCGCUGUCUGCAGCAGGAGCAGCAGGAGGAGCUGAAGAGAGAAAGCUCCAGGACGAACGGAGAGGUGCUCGGGAGGAAGAGAUCCCGCCUGGCGGAGAGACCCACUGAAGACGUGGACAGCUCCAUAGAGGUCGCUGAGGAGGAUGACGAGGACUAUGAAGAGAAAGAAAGCAGGCGACCAGCACGCGGGGCUACGCGAGGCCGCAGGAAACGCCGAGGAGACGCAGCGCUGCUCAGAUACACGGUUCCAUAUGGAGGCAAGAAGAAGGCGUGGUGUUGGGCCUCGUACCUGGAGCAGGAGAGAGCCAUCGCUGCUCCAAGUAAACUGUUCAAAGAGUAUCAGUCAUUACCGCAGUGUAAGAACGGCUUCAGGGUUGGCAUGAGACUGGAGGGUAUCGACCCAGAACACCCGUCCAUGUACUGCGUCCUCACCAUCGCUGAGGUGUUGGGACAUCGAAUCAGACUGCAUUUUGACAAAUACUCGGACUGCUAUGACUUCUGGAUAAAUUCCAACUCUCCUGACAUCCACCCGGUGGGAUGGUGUGAGAAAACCGGACACAAGUUGUAUCCACCUAAAGGGAUGAAGGAUGAAGAGUUUAGCUGGUCCUCCUACAUCAAACUAAAUAAAAUACAGACGGCACCCAAAGCCCUCUUUCAUAAUCAGAACAUGACAGUGACGCCGUCAGGGUUUAGGGUUGGUAUGAAGUUGGAGGCCAUCGAUAAGAAGAAUCCCUCGUUCAUCUGUGUUGCCACGGUUACCGACAUGGUGGAUAGUCGAUUCCUGGUGCACUUUGACAACUGGGAUGAAAGUUAUGACUACUGGUGUGAUGCAACAAGUCCUUAUAUUCAUCCGGUUGGCUGGUGUCAGGAGAACGGCAGAACACUCACCACUCCUCCAGGAUGCCCUGAUGAGAAGAACUUCUCCUGGGAGAAAUACUUGGCAGAGACCAGCUCAUUACCAGCUCCUGCUCGAGCCUUCAAAGUGAAACCUCCUCACAGUUUUCAGCCGAAUAUGAAGUUGGAGGUGGUCGACAAGAGGAAUCCUGUUCUGAUCCGAGUGGCCACAGUGGUUGAUACGGACGACCAUCGUCUCCGGAUUCAUUUUGAUGGCUGGACAGAUGAAUAUGAUUACUGGAUCGAUGCAGAUAGCCCAGAUAUUCAUCCUGCCGGCUGGUGCGCCAAAACUGGACAUCCACUGCAGCCUCCAAUCACUCCUCAGGACAUGUUUGAGACGUCGGAGCAGGGCGGCUGUCCCACGGCCGGCUGUAAGGGAGUGGGUCACAUCAAAGGAGCCCGCUACUCUGGACACCACAGCGCUGUGGGCUGUCCGUAUUCUGAUAUCAACCUUAACAAGGACUCGGUUCUGCCGGAUCGCUUGAGCGGAGAGAUGCCGGGAACCGGAGUGGGUCGUCCACGCAGAGCAGAACCCAACGCAGAGAUUCCAGCCGACGCUAAUGACAAACCCGUCACCUCUGCCCCAUCUCACCCGGAGAAACCCAGCACGGCAACCGUCGCCAUGGAAACGACAGUAAAGAAGCCUGUUGUCACAGAGACCAAGCGAAGGGUUGGUCGGCCCUGUAAAGUACGGAAGGUGGAGGAGCUGCCGCAGGAAGAGGAAGUGGAGAGCGAGGUGUCAUCAGUCACUGAAACCAAAGAGUUGACUCUCCAGCAGGCUUUGCACCAGUCUGUAUUCAUGCCAUGUUCCAGCCCAUCUCCCAGCAUGCCUCACUGCUGGGAUCAGCACAGCAAGCUGCUUCCAACAGUGGCGGGCAUCACGGCCAGUAAAGUGGCAGCGUGGAGCGUAGAUGAGGUGAUUGAGUUUAUCCAAGGACUCCCAGGCUGCAAGGAACAAGUGCGCACCUUCAGAGAGGAGCAAAUCGACGGAGAGGCCUUCCUGUUACUGACUCAGGUGGACCUGGUGAAGAUCCUCAGCAUUAAACUAGGACCUGCGCUGAAGAUCUACAACUCCAUCCUGAUGUUUAAAACCACAGAGAACUCGGCCUGCAACGAACUCUGACCCGCAGAGCCGAGAGCGAUCAUUACUGCUUCAGUCCAAGGGCUCGUCAUGAAGAUUCAUACAGUAUACAUGACACUAUGGAGAACAAGAUUUAGAUUAGGUCAGAAUGAGCAGGUUGAACACUUAUGAUAACAUUCAUAAUUCAUUUAGGCAGACACUCCUCUGCACCAUCAUUUAUAAACCUAUAUGUAUGCGCUUAUUAAGUCACAUGACAGUUUCCUGUAGUGGUGUUGGUGAGAAUGUAUAUUUUGCUGAAGGGUUAUCGGAGCACUUUUCUGAAUUCAGGUGCUAAACGAAUGCAGCUACAUGCACUGAAGAGCCGCACAGUUUCUGUUUCCAGGUAGAGUUUCUCUUAAAACUGAUAUUUCUCUCCUUUAAUUCAUAGCUGUAGAUCAUUUAAGUGUUUGCACUUAAUCAUCUUUCCUGAAAAUGCUUCCAUUCAAGUCAGUCUCUGUCAUGUUCAGAUGAUCUGAACAGUCAUCUUUAGAGAGCGUGUGAAGUCAAAGAGCCAAUCAGAUGAACUCAGCAGAGUGAGUGUGAGGUUAGAAAAUAAGACGUUUUGCAAAAUCCAUCAUCAACACCAGUUCUGCAUGGAGGAUUGGUAGAAUGGUUGAUAAACACUGAUCCUCUUUGAUUUUCUUGUGUGCUGUGAUGUCAUAUUAAUGCAUCAUGUGACAGUCCUUCUCUUCUUCAUUACGACUGCAGUCUCUAGUCAUGCAGUAUGUAAAGUAUAAAGGCCAAUUCAUUUUUUUGUUCUCUCUUUUUUGUUUUGAGACAAUGGAUGUAGAGAUGGAGGACGGAGGGUAAAGCUACACUCAAGGCACAAAUAAACAUUGUGAGAGCCAUAUUUGGUAUUUUGUAAUAAUAGAAUGUAACUUACUCAGAACGCCUUCAUGUGCACAGUAUAAAAAAGUGUCAUUUUCCUUUAAUAUUCAGACAAGAGUAUUAAUUUUCUUUCUGUUGCUGAGGCAUGCAGCAUUAAAUACAGUUUAAUUCAAGUUUAUUACUUUGACUAUUUAAAUUGAAGUGUUGAGCGUAUGUCAAUGUGGACACGUUUGUUAAAUCUGAACAGUUGUAUAGUGUUGAAAGGCUGGUUUUACUCACUCUUGAGUAAAGCGCUCAGCUGAAUGAUUUCCUAUAUUCAGAACUCAUUUAUCAUGUACAUUUUUUCUUCUUGUCACGGAGCUUAUAAUGAACAGUUCGUUUGGGGAUUUAAAAUGAAGUAUAAGGUCGUGUAAAUAAGGAAUGGUUUAGUGUGGAUGUGCAGCACUGGUGGAUGGACUACUAUAAACUUCACUGAAAUUCAUUUGCAAAUAAACUUGAUGAUCCAAA